CUUAGUAAGUCAGAGUUAUCUAACAUAAAAAAGAAAAACAACAACAGAAAUACUUACGAAAAGAAAAUGAUGCUGACAUUUCUUGUCAUAGAAUAGAUCCAGAUUCUGCACUCUAGACUAGUUUUUUACACCAGAGUUUACUAUAAAUGCAUAAAAGCUCCAAGCCUGCUGCUUCAACCCAGUCCUCCUUUAAAUCUCCUGUGACAAAGCAGUUUAAAUCUCCAUUAAACAGAUCAUCUGACACACCCUGCACUUGCACUGAAUCACAGCUUCAAGAGCAGAUUGAGACCCUCAGAAAAACCUUGGCGAAAACUGAAUCUGAAAUUGAACAGCUGACAGCUUUAGGCUACAAAGAAAAAGAGCUUCAAGAGCAUAUUGACAAGUUGCAUGAAUACAAUGAAAUCAAAGAUGUCGGACAGAUGUUGAUGGGAAGAAUAGCAGAGGCAGAAGGAUUGCAAACCAAAGAUUUGUAUGAAAGAUAUGAAUUGAAUUUUAAUGACUGAAGACAUCACCUGUGAGGUGUCAAAUAUUUGCCAAACUGUGAGUCUGAACAUCUGAAGUCAAAGUCUGCUGUACUUUAAAAAUAAUAAAACUCUGACUUUUUACUCUUUUGGGCUUUACUAACUAAAUUUUAAGUUAACAUUAAAUCAGUUUAGAAGCUUGGACUAGCUAACACAGAGAGCCUUGUUUUUAUAUUUACUAGAGAGAAAGAAAAAAAACUUGUGACACCAUGGCAGAAACUGAAACAGAGACAUCAGAGGUUUUGAGUUGGCAUUUUGUGGGCAGCAUAGAUGAGUUAAAGAGCAAAGCAUGUCGAAAAAUCUACAUGGAGGGUGGACCCAACCUGGCCUUGUUUUAUGUCGAGCCUGGCAAGUUUUUCUUGACCAACUCCUCUUGCCCACAUGCCAAGGGACCCCUGGAGCAGGGAAGUAUCGAGGACUUAGGAGGCAGCUACCAACUGACUUGCCCCAUGCAUUACUUCACAUUUGAUCUGGAGACUGGGGAAUCUCCUAUGGGGCCCAAGCUCAGGACAUACCAGACUGAGCAGAGAGAGGACGGGCUGUAUGCACUAAUCCCUCGGCCCGUAUCUUUAACUAGAUAGACCUUUAGACCAAUGGUGACGUCACAGCAUUAUAUCUUUGACAAAACUACUGUUAACAUUUAAAGAACAAAUAUAUUUUUAUAUUUAUUACCUUGAAAAUUGUUGAAAUGUAAUGUUUGGUAAUUUAUCUAAAGUUGUUUACUCUUUGAGAUUAUUCCAAAAUUUAGCAAGAGACCGAAUUGGCUGUUUUGCUGUCUUUUGUAUCAUGUCUAUUAACAAAUAUUUUACUAACUUGUAAAUGUUAUACUUGUUAUAUUGGGUAAUUCAAACAGAUGCAAUGUUUUACCUGUUAUAAUUCAAAGACCAAAAGCUUAAAGAAUUUGUUUCAAUUUUUCUUUUUCUACCGUGCAGUAUAGCACAUAGGAUUAUUGAGUCUGCCAAGAAGGCAAAACAAUGGAACUAAUUAACUCAAUAUGUAGAGUUCUAGUCAUUUAAAUAUAACAUAGCUAUAUAACAUAUGUAAUGCAGUGUUUUCUUCUUUUUAUGCAUCAUUGCUUGCUUAGAAAUAUGAGUGGUAGCCAUAUAAUUAGAAGAAAUGUAUGGUAUUUAAUAAAAAAAAUAUAGAUGGAGAAUCGUAGUCAUCUAGCAUCGCAUGCACUAGACAAAUACUUAAGUUACAGGUGUGAGGAUUUCUGUUUUUCUGUAGUGCCAAUAUUUUUGGAUGAUUGUAUAUAUAUAUGAUUGUUUCACUAUAUUUCUUAUCUUUCCUUUUUUAUAUCUGUAAUGGCACAAACAGAAUCACUUGCCGGGGAUAUUUAAAAUGAUUAAAACACACACAGAAACUCAUAAAUGCAAACAAUUCAUUGAUUGUCAAUUCAGCAUCAACUUGACAUAAAAUUCUUGUUAAUUCAAUGGAGUAAUAAAACCACAAAAUACUGUUUCUUAGUUAUACUGGAGUCAUAUUGUUACAACUUUACUCUGAUACAACUUUAUACUGGUGAUACUUAGUACUGACACAACUUAAUACUGAUACGUCUUUAUGCUGAUACAAUUUAGUACUGAUACAACUGAACUUUCUAUAUUUAACUUGACUCUAAACAUUUCGUGGACUUGCAACUGCUUAAGGACCCAUUACAAUGCAAGGACCCCGACUAACUCGCUUUCUUUCCUCCAAUUUAUACCUUUUUAAAUCGUCUUUUCCAGAAUCGUAGAAACUUCUAUUGUAAAUAUUUGUAAUAACUAUGACCCUCUAGAAACUGACGUAUGUGACUUUGUUUCAUGGCUGCUUUCUCUGAUUGGAUGGUUAUAAUAAACAUAUUUAUUCUGCGACUUUUUUUACCUGACCCCCGUUUCUAGAAAGAGGUAGAAUGAGGUCAUAGUGACAAUAGACCCCACCUCAUAUUUAUCCAGAUAGAUUGCUUUUUGAGACAUGUUGCUUUUUUAAGGCAUGCAUAUACAUGGUACUUUCUUUUUCAUGCUAUUUGAUCUAUUGCCUUCUUGUCUGGUCUGAUUUAAUUUUGUUUUGUUUUUUAAAUAUUUAUUGUAAUUUUAUGUAUGACCUUCUGGUUUGAUCUGACUCAAUUUUGGUUUAUUAUUGUUUAUUAACACCAGGUAUAGGUUUAUUGUAAUUUGCUGUCUUACCUUCUUCUUUUAUCUGAGUGAGUCUGUCUUUUUUAAACCACAUGUAAUUUAUUGUAUGAAUAAACAAUAAUGAUUUUUUUUUAGGUUACCAUUAUUUGCAUAUCCCUUGAAAUGCUUUAUAACUUAAUAAGAGCUUACCCUUAUAGUUCUCAUGAUUUCACAUCAUAGUGAAGUCAAUUUUUUUUGUUUGUCACUAAAUGUAAACUUGUUUGUUAUAGCUGCUUUCUAUGGCCCACAGUUAACGAGAGUGUCAUGUGGCCAGCACAAUGACCAACCGCCUUUUCCCCAACUAAUGUCUGGUACCCAUUAGAGCUGGGUGGACUCAAAGGUCAAAGAUCCCGAAAUUAAAAAACCUAGUCUUCACCAGGAUUUGAACCCAGGAUCCCCGGCUUUGAGGCUAAGCACUUUACCUCUCAGCCACCACACCUCCAGCUGUAAUAAUACUCAUUCAUAAACAUAAAACUUUACAGGCUUUGCUUUGUGCUAAGAAAUCUUUGCUUUCCAUUUCAUUGUUCCCAUAUCAGACUUCCUAUUAAAUGAAACAAAUUAUUUUUUUACUCAUUUUUCUUGUAUUUAGUAAAAAAAAUUUUAUUAGACUUUUUCAAACAGGGAUCUAUGAAUGUUUAAUAAUUCUUUUUUUUUAACUUGGAACUUGAUUUUAAUAAGUACUUCCUGUCCUUUCUGUUUUAAGUUUAAACGUUUGUAAAAGGUUGAAUUUGUUUUGAAUUACUUGACUUAAAAAAAUGAAUUCUUUGUUACGCACAACUGUUAGACAAAAAUAAAAUUGUUACAUUUACUUUUUACACACAUGGACUAAUUCAAUAAAUUACAAAAGCCAAGUGUCCCAGUACUAUUGUAAUAUUUAAUCUUUCAAAUACCCGGUAUGAUGCAUUGCACCAUUUUUGAAAUGUAGUUAACUGGAAAAAUGAAAGUCAAGAACAUCAAUUAGAUAUUUUCAUCUUUGGCAUAAAAACUAAAGCUAGCUCUAUUUUGGUGUAUCUGAUAUAUAGAAUAAAGGAAGUUUUGUUACGCUAUUCUUCUUCUUCUUUCUCAUUUUUCAAUUCAGAGGGUUCAGAUCAGUAAUCCUAUAUCUGAGAUGAACCACGCUGUGGUUUUCAGAUCAGGCAGUUCUCUCUAUAGUUUUUCUUCUGUAGGAGGGUUUUGGGGCCCAGUCUUGUUUGGGCCUCUUGAUAUAGUAUGCAGCUUUGAAGGACUUGGUCAGGAUUCUCUGGUGAUGCUCCACAAGGGCAAGUUUCGCUAGUCCAGACUUUUAGCUUUCAGAACAUGUUAAGCUAUGUUUCUUAAAAUUAUAUGACAUUUGUUUGGCACUACAGAAUACUUGGCAACAUUGAAAAAGUAAAAUUGUAAAUAAAACAAAUAGUAUUAAGUUAAGUGAAGUACCAUAACAGAAUUUGAACUGAAAUAUAAUUUAAAGUUAAAUUAUAAAUGUGCAAGGAGUGCGGUGGCUGAGUGGAUAAGUGCUUGACUUACAAACCUGGGGUCCUGCGUUUGAAAGAUGGUGAAGAAUAGGAUUUUGAAUUUCUGGAUUUUUAGAUCGCCCCUGAGACCACCCAAUUCUAAUGGGUACCUGACAUUAGUUGGGGAAAGUAAAGGCAGUUAGUCAUUGUGCAUGACACCCUGUUAACCUUUGGCCACAGAAACAGAUUACCUUAAUUUCAUCUGUCCUAUAAAUCACUAUGUCUGAAAAGGGAACUUAUAUAAAUGUGGACAGCUAAAAUAUUUUUAAAAAGCAUUGAAAUAAAUCUGUAACGCUUGUUUACGAACAAGAUCUGAAACUGAAUUAAGUGUAAGGGGAAAUAAAUCAGUUUCAAUUCUUGUAUUUAUAGUUCAAUUUUAUAUUUUCAUUUCUAUAUUUUUAGCGGCUUUAAAGAAUUGUUUUUACUUAGUGUUAAAACUUGAGGGAUGGGAGCAUAUUUAUCCAGAUGAUUUUUCAACCAAAUAAAAUGUUUACUAGGGAUAUCUUAACAAACUAGAUAAAAAGGAAUUAAUAAAUAAUUGUUUUUAUUGCAUUUUAUUAAAAAAAAAAUCAUUAGUUAAAAAUUAAUUGUCUUUCCAAAUAGGACCUUUAAAUAUAUAAUAUGCUCAUUAUUUAUUUUAUAAGCCCUAAGAUGUAAGCAAUGUAGAAAAGAUCUUCGCCAACAUAAAAGUAGGGGGGAGAGGACAUUCAUUAUUUCUUUGUUCUCGAAAUACUUACCAGAGGUCGUAUCUGCCCUCUACUUUGAUCAAACACAGGCACGACAUGGCCUAAAAUUGUGCCGAUGUGCCUAAAACCAAAACCAAACUUGAUCAAACCAGUAUUGCCCUAACUACAGCCUGCAGGCCAUAUUUCACCCAUGAUCAGGAGCCUUUUGGCCCCAUGAAACUUCAGCCCAGUGUUUAAUGCGUUCACAGAGGAUUACUUUUCCAUUGCUUGAUGCAGCAAUGCUGCUUAUGGAAGAUGUGCUCGUAAUACAUAUGGCCAUUAGGCUAAAAAGGUUUGCUACCGUACCACUCACUUAUGUAAACCUUGUUUUGGCAAACUAGUGUUGAUCUUUAGU